AUGGAGCACUUUACUCAGCGAUUCAAGCAGUGGUAUCACACGGCGAUCCGCGAGUCAUAUGGCUCUCUGGCCUGGGCAUACCUCACAGCGCUGGUGCAGGCAACAUGUCGAGCAAAGAACUGGCUGCUGGACAAGUCGACGCUGUACACGCGCGUCACCAGCUACACGCAGGACUCGCAGCUUCCCGCUGCUGCCGACAGCGACACUGGCUGCUUGGGCUCUUCCUCGAAGGCGCGUCCUUGGCGGCUCGUGGAAGAGCUGCCCAUUCUCCAGGUCAUCCCUAUCGAGGACAGUCGACUCAAGCUGCAGAACACCUUCACGCCGGUGUAUGUCACGCAGAGUCGUCGGAAUGCUAUGGGGGGCGUGGCGCUGGCGCUCAACACGGACUAUUAA